UCGCUUAACUUGGGCGGAGUGGACAGUGAGAGAGAAACAGAGAGAACGGUCUUCCUUUUUGCUGUUGGUUCACCCUCCAAUGGCUGCCGCGGCCAGCGCAUUGCACUGAUCUGAAGCCAGGAGCCAGGUGCUUCUUCUGGUCUCCCAUUGAAUCAGCCCGAUUGGACCCUGCAAAUUAAACCAUGGAUAUUCAAUAAAUACAGAACCAUAUGGUCCAGAUCCUAUGGGGUGACCUUUUCUUGUUUAAAUAGAAUGAAAAGGCCCCCUUGGAUGAGACUGUACAGUACUUCACAAACUACUAUUGAUAGCAGUGAGGUAAAAACCUUCCAGGCCCUGGCUCACAAGUGGUGGGAUGAGCAAGGAGUGUAUGCACCUCUUCACUCUAUGAACGACCUGAGAGUACCAUUUAUUAGAGAUAAUCUUUUGAAAGCAGUUGAUGAUCACCAGCCUGGAAAACCUUUGUCUGGGAUGAAGAUUCUUGAUGUUGGCUGUGGUGGUGGAUUAUUAGCUGAACCUCUAGGACGACUUGGGGCUUCAGUUAUUGGAAUUGAUCCUGUGGAUGAGAACAUUAAAACAGCCCAGCACCAUAAAUCAUUUGAUCCAGUCCUGGAUAAGAGGCUAGAGUACAGAGCGUGUUCCCUGGAGGAGAUUGUGGAAGAGACUAUAGGAACAUUUGAUGCAGUUAUAGCCUCUGAAGUUGUGGAGCAUGUGAUUGAUUUAGAAACGUUUAUACAGUGCUGCUGUCAAGUAUUAAAGCCUGGUGGUUCUUUAUUCAUUACUACAAUCAACAAAACACAACUGUCCUAUGCCUUAGGAAUUGUUUUCUCAGAGCAAAUUGCAGGUAUUGUACCAAAAGGUACUCAUACAUGGGAGAAGUUUGUAUCACCUGAAAAGCUAGAGAGCAUUCUGGAAUCAAAUGGUCUAUCACUUCAAACUGUGGCAGGAAUGCUCUAUAAUCCCUUCUCAGGUUACUGGCAUUGGAGUGAAAACACCAGUCUUAAUUAUGCAGCUCAUGCUGUGAAAUCCAUGGUACAGGAACACCCAGGGUCUGCUGAGUUUGUUUUAAAGGAGGAUACUGAAGAGCUCCAAGCUAACACUUCCCCAAGCCCUGGUGUGCCUGAAGAGCUGAAGAAAUGAAUAGUCUCCGAGGACUGGAGUGAUGGGACUUGAACGUCUGAAGUUUACAAAUACAAAAAGUCUAUAGCUUAUCCUUGGAGAGAGAAUCAUGAAGAAGGUGAAUAAAGAGGGCUACAUUAUUGGACAGAGGUUUUUGUUAUUUCAUCUAAAGGCUACUUUCAAGAGAUUAUUCUAUGGAUAAAAAGGUUUUGUCAAGGUAUUACGUGAUCUAAGAGUUUAAGUUCCUAAGCCCUUAAUAUGUAAAUAGGGUAUGCAUAUUUCUUCUUAUAUUAUAGAUUAUAUAUCUUUUUCCUGCAUGUAUGCAUAUACUAUACUGUAAUUUGAUUUAAUUUAAAUGAAUCUAUAUCAUCUAAUGUUCCUCUUCAUUUGGUUUUAAUUAAAAGCAGUUAUACUUCUGAGUGAUUAAAACCAUGUAUAGUUUUGUAUUAUAUUUGGGAAGAUAAUAUAUAUUUUUUUUCUUUAAAUUUUACUUAGUUGUAAAGCAAAUGAGUUAUUAAAUAUGUGCUGCAUUUGGCUUCAAACAUUAAAGU